AUGAGCGACGAGGCGGCUGAAUUGGAGAUGCCUUUGGUCCAAGAUGCCAAGCUGACCGAGGUGAUGAGGAUCCGGGUGAAGAGCCUCGAGCAGAGGAAGGAGAAACCUCAAGACGGCGAGAAGCUCCUCCGCCCCAACGAGUUUGUGUUCCGGCUGGACUUCUCCCGUCAGCACGGCCUCCGUUUCCUGAGCUGGAAAGUGACCCUGGACCAGCCAGGCAAGGCCACCAUUAUCGGCACCUCUCAACACUGGACACCGGAUUUGACCAACCUCAUGCGAAGGCAGCUCUUGGACCCGGUGGGGACGUUCUGGAAGAAGCCGGACAUGCCCGAUGUGGUCGACUGCAACGAAGCGGACGCCCUGGAGUUUGGGGAAAGGUUGGUGGAGCUGGCCAGAAUCCGGAAAGUGAUGUAUUUCCUCGUGGCCUUCACCGACGGCCUCGAGCCAGCUCACCUGAAAUGCUCCGUGGUGUUCAAAAUCUGA